AUGUGGGUUACUUACCAAGAAGAGCCUACAGAGGUCCAAUACCCAUUGGACUCAUCAAACUCGUACGAGAUUCUUGAUGAAAUUGGUAAUGGUGUUAGCUCUGUUGUUUACAAGGCCAAAUGCUUUGCCAUGGACUCUACGGUGGUGGCAAUCAAAGCCGUCUAUCUUGAUCGAUCAUGGUGGUGGCAACCAAAGGAAAAGCUUUUGUCCCACCCAAACAUCCUCAACGCUCACUGUACCCUCCUAGUUAAUCAACUCCUUUGGGUGGUGAUGCCAUUCAUGUCCGCCGGUUCUUUACAAUCCAUAAUAUCUUCUUCCUUCCCACAUGGCCUAUCCGAGCCAUGCAUCGCCAUAAUUCUCAAAGAAACUCUAAGCGCCUUGUCCUAUCUUCACAAAGAAGGAGAGUUUCACAAAGGCAUCAAGCCCAGUAACAUCCUCAUCGACUCAAAUGGGUCCGUGAAGCUCACAGACCACUUUGGAAUGUCGUCAUCGUCCAAUGCUGCGGCCACCCCUUAUUGGAUGGCCCCAGAGUUAUUGAACUCGCAAAUUGGUUACGGAGUAAAGGUUGAUAUAUGGGCCUUUGGGAUCACUGCAUUGGAAUUGGCCUACGGACGCCCUCCACUGUCAAAUGGGCCCAAGAAUGAGAAGCACGAGCAGUUCUCCAAGGCUUUCAAAGACAUGGUGGCUUCUUGUCUCAAUCAAGACCCACCAAAGAGGCCCUCGGCAGAGGCAUUGUUGAACCAUUCGUUCUUCGAGAAUUGCGGGGGUUCGGAUUUUCUUGUAGAGAAUGUGUUGCAGGGGCUGCCUAGUGUGGAAGAAAGGUUUAACGAAAGCAAGAAUGGCGAUGGUGAUGAUGAGGGUGGUGACUCAUCAGCGAGGCAGAGUGUAAAAGAGACAAGGACGAUCAGUGGGUGGAGUUUCAAUGAGGAAAGGUUUGAACUCGACCCAGUCUUCCAAACCGAGUCCACCGACGAUUCAGUUGUGAAACAAGUUAAGAGGUUGUUUGGCGAUGAUGGUGAAACUGUAAUCAUUGAAGACAAGACAGGUCGUAAGACGCCUUGGAAGUGCAAAUGGCAGCGGUUGAAUUAG